AUGAAAGGUAUUUCUAAGGUUCUCUCAGCCUCUAUUGUCCUAAUGAAGUUGAAGGGUGUCUAUUCUACAACUGUGCUGUGUGGAGAUUCAACACAAGGACUGCAGGGCACAACCCAACCGUCAUAUGUGCUGGUUCCUAGUGCACCAGAGACAAUAGCCAACUGUGGAUACAGUCCACAGAACAUGUAUGUCCCUUCUACUCCUACUACCAUGCCUUCCACAGUGCCAGGCACAACUGGUGAGAGCGAGACACCUACUUCUCCAACAUCAUCUCCUACAGAGGAUGUGGGAACAUGCAAGAUUGCUGUUGUAAAGCAUUGUGAUGCACCAGGAACAUCAUCAACACCUUGCGAACCGGAACAGACUUUGGCCCCCUCUCAGCCAGUAGCAGCUACAAUUGCCACACCACUGGUUGUUGCUUCUGUGCAGACGCCGCAAGCAGCUGUUACCAUCCUUACUCCAAAGGCCGUCUCUGCCCAGCCGGCAACCAUCAUUUCUCCAUUCAACCAGGCACCAGGCUACUACAAUAGUGCAAUUCCCGGGCAAAUACUUACAGGUAAUGUUCUCUCUCCAAGUGCCUCUUCUUGCCAAGUGGUGCCCGGAACAACAGGAAGCUCCACCCCCCAGCAGCUACCAGGCGCUGUUUCAUCUGGAACCAUUCCUUGCCAAAUAGUACAGGGAACUCAAAGUAGCGGAAACACCCCUGGACAGCAAUUCUUGCCGGGAAUCGUUCCUGUUGGAAGCCUCCAGCCGGAUCAAGCUACUUCUGGAACCCCUACCCCUUCUGUUAGCCAAAGCCAAUCUGGACAGCAAUGCUGCUGCACUCCUCCAAUCACAAACCCUGUAAUGCCAACUCCUAUGGGUAUCAGCAGUAAUGGGUAUCCCAGCUCAACUGCGUACGCCCCAACCCUUGGACAAUUGGGACCUUGCAUCGACACACAGAAGUCAACAUCAUCCUGCGAACCAAAAGAAAAGCCUGUAGCACAGUAUGGAAUGGAAGCAUGCGCUGCACCAACUCCAACUGCUGUUCUAGGAAAUGCUGAGUAUCUCCUUAGCCCGGGGAUGUAUAAUUCACUCAACUCUCCAUGCAACGCUUGCUGCCAACAACAAUGCUAG